AUGAGCUCCCUGAAGCAGUUCAUCCGCAAUGUGCGCGCCGCCAAAACCAUUGCCGAUGAGCGGGCCGUGGUGCAGAAGGAGAGCGCUGCUAUAAGAGCCAGCUUUCGGGAGGAGAGCCACAAUUCGGACUUGCGACGGAACAAUGUCGCCAAACUCCUCUACCUAUUCACGUUGGGAGAGCGGACGCAUUUCGGACAGAUUGAAUGCCUCAAGCUGCUUGCCUCGCCGCGCUUUGCGGACAAGCGCUUGGGGUAUCUGGGAACCAUGCUGCUCCUGGACGAGAAUCAGGAGGUCCUGACGCUGGUGACCAACUCGUUGAAGAACGACCUGAACCACAGCAACCAGUACAUCGUUGGCCUAGCGCUAUGCACACUUGGAAACAUUGCGUCUGUUGAAAUGUCCCGCGACCUGUUCCCCGAAAUCGAGACGAUCCUAUCCUCUUCCAACCCUUAUAUUCGGAGGAAGGCAGCGCUCUGUGCCAUGCGGAUAUGCCGCAAGGUCCCAGACUUGCAAGAGCAUUUUGUGGACAAGGCGAAGCUGCUGUUGAACGAUCGAAACCACGGUGUACUGUUGAGUGGCCUAACUCUGGUCAUCAGCAUGUGCGAGGCGGACGAGGAGGAGGGAGGUGAACAGGGUGUUGUGGACAUGUUCAGGCCAUUGACUGGCAGUCUUGUUAAGGUUCUCAAGGCCCUCUCGCAAUCUGGAUAUGCGCCGGAGCACGACGUCACGGGCAUUACGGAUCCCUUCUUGCAAGUCAAGAUUUUGCGUUUGCUGCGAGUACUAGGACGUGGCGAUCCACAGACGAGCGAGCAGAUAAAUGAUAUCCUGGCGCAGGUUGCUACUAACACGGAGUCUUCCAAGAAUGUUGGCAACUCCAUCCUUUACGAAGCAGUUCUGACAAUUCUGGAUAUCGAAGCCGACUCAGGACUGCGUGUGCUAGGAGUCAACAUUCUUGGAAAAUUCCUGGCAAACAAGGACAACAACAUCCGAUAUGUGGCGCUCAAUACUCUAAUCAAAGUGGUUGCCAUCGAACCGAAUGCAGUACAGCGACAUCGGAACACCAUUCUGGACUGCCUGAGAGAUCCCGACAUCAGCAUUAGGAGACGUGCACUUGACCUCAGCUUCACCCUCAUAAACGAGUCCAACAUUCGAGUUUUGAUUAGGGAGCUUCUGGCGUUCCUAGAAGUGGCAGACAACGAGUUCAAGCCCGUGAUGACCUCUCAGAUUGGCAUUGCGGCAGAUCGAUUCGCACCCAACAAGCGUUGGCACGUAGAUACCAUGCUCCGUGUGUUGAAGCUGGCAGGAAACUACGUCAAGGAACAGAUCUUGUCAUCUUUCGUCCGGCUUAUUGCGACCACGCCAGAUCUACAGACAUACAGUGCUCAAAAAUUGUAUGCUGCGCUCAAGGACGACAUUAGCCAGGAGGGACUCAACCUCGCCGGAGCCUGGGUCAUUGGAGAGUAUGGCGAUGCCUUGUUGCGCGGUGGCACGUACGAGGAGGAGGAGCUCGUGAAAGAAGUGAAAGAAAACGAGAUUGUCGAUUUGUUCUCUGCAAUCCUGAACUCCAGCUACGCCGGACAAAGCGUCACGCAAUACAUCAUCACUGCGGCCAUGAAACUUACGACCCGCAUGCAGGAUCSAGCCCAGGUAGACCGAUUACGACGACUGCUUCUGAGUCGCCAGGCAGAUCUUGAUGUGGAAGUUCAGCAAAGGUCAGUCGAGUAUGGAAACCUCUUCGGCCAUGAUGCGAUUCGUCGUGGUGUUCUCGAGCGUAUGCCAGCGCCUGAGAUUCGCGAGGAACAGAGAGUACUUGGCGAAGCGACGAAGAAGCGGCAUAGCAAAGUUGCACCCAAGAAGAAGCCUAGCCAGAUCACCGAGCAAGACAUGCUUCUCGAUCUUAUGGGUGGAGACUCAGACAUGCCCGCAGGAUUGGGAGGCGCGAUCAAUGGUGGUCAGAGCAACAAUGCUGAUCUCCUCGCCGAUAUUCUCGGUGGUGGCUCUGGAGAACAGACAUCUUCUCCUGUCAAUGGCCAGUCAAAACCACAGGGCAAUAUGGACUCAAUAAUGGACCUCUUUGGCUCACAGCCCUCAGCUGCACAAUCUUCCGGAACACAGCAACCCUCAUCAUCCGUUGACAUGCUCGGCGGGUUUGGAGGAUCUCAACCCGCUGCACCACAGCAGCAAGCGCACACGGCAUACGACAAGAACGACCUUUUCCUUGCAUUUACAGUUCAGCGCAGUGCCCAGGCCUUGCAAGUCACCGCAAAAUUUCGAAACACGAGUAGUUUUGAGACCCUAAGCGCCGUCAACCUUCAAGCUGCAGUGCCAAAAACACAAAAACUCCAGCUGCAAGCAAUCAGCUCUUCCGAGCUAUCCGGUGGCCAGGAAGCUACACAGCAGAUGCGGGUCACCAGUGUACAGGGAGCUCCCCCAGCGAAGCUACGGUUAAGAUUGAAGGUCACUUUCGCAAAAGAUGGUGGUGCUCCCGUCACUGAAGUGGUUGAUUGGUCGGAGCCAACAUGA